UGCGUUCACUCUCCUGCGCUGCCGGUCACGCGCCCUCACGUGCCACAACUCGGCACGGAGCUCGGUGAGCGCGAGCGGCGGCCGUUGAGACGGUAAACCGUUUGCCAGAGUCGCGACGACGGGGUCCGACUGCGGCUGCUCCUCCCGGUCUCUCAUUUCUUGUUUUAUCCUUCGAAGCAGGGAGCCGGAGGAGCUGGGGGGAUGGAGCGGGUACCGCACCGUCUGUGAGCGGGGUCACAGCGCCGGGAGGAGGAGACGCGGGAAGGACACCAUCAGCAUCGGCCGCAGCAGCAGAUGAGGCUCAUUUGCCGCAGGCCCCGCCAUCGUGAAAUCGGACACCGACUUGCGGCGGCGGAUGGGGUGACCGUGCUCCCUGCUUCUCCGUCGUUACCGCCGGGGAGGCCCAUGACUUCGGACGUUACCUGCGUGGGAGCUGCCCGUGGUCGGUUGUAAGGUGGAGGAAGGAGACAGGGAAAGGGGAGGAAGAUGCAGACGGAGGAGGAGACGGCCGCCGCAGAAGAGCCCAUUUUGGAGGAAGGGUCGGGACGAGAGCAGCAAAAGCCCACCCAGCAGUCCCUGGCCUCCUCCCUGUGCAGAGAGUCCCACUGGAAGUGCCUCCUCCUGACGCUGCUGAUGUACGGCUGUUUCGCCACGCUGGCCUGGUGCGCUCUCUGCCGAGUGCCCGUCCUCGGCUCUUCCUCCUCCAUGCCUCUUGGUGGCGCCGACGACGCCACGUCCGCCGCCUACUACAAUGACAUCCUCCACCUGGAGAGCCCAUGCUCCAGCGGCUACGUCUACAUCCCGCUGGCCUUCCUUGCGAUGCUGUACGUGGUUUACCUGGUGGAGUGCUGGCACUGCUUCUCUAAGACGGCCAUGUUGGCUCACGCUGAAUUCCAGGAAGUGUAUGAGCGGGUGCAGAGACUCCAGCAGGCCACUCCAUGUAUUUGGUGGAAGGCCAUCAGCUACCACUACGUGAGGAGGACCAGGCAGGUGACCAGAUACCGCAAUGGAGAUGCAUACACCACCACACAGGUCUACCAUGAACGAGUGAACACUCAUGCCUCCAGUUCAGAGUUUGACUACGCCCGCUACGGCGUCAAAGAUGUGUCAAAAGAGCUGCUCGCCCUGGAGCGCCACCCUGCUGUUCGCCUCCGCUUCACCAAGUGUUUCAGCUUCUCCAGUGCUCGAGCUGAAGCUGCUUACCUCACUCAGCGAGCGCGGUUCUUUGGGGAAAAUGAAGGGCUGGACGACUACAUGGAGGCCCGGGAGGGAAUGCACCUAAAAAACGUGGAUUUCCGGGAGCACAUCCUGGCCUUCCCAGAUCCGGCCCGUCAGCCGUGGUUCUCUCGCCACCGGGUGUUCUGGCUGGCCUCGGCUUUCCUCCUGUCAUGGCCGCUGCGGGUCGUGUCAGAAUACCGCACGGCGUAUGUGCACUACCACGUGGAGAAGCUGUUCGGCGAGGAGGAGGACGCUGGAGGCGGCGGAGUCGUCGUGGGAGGGCAGGGUGGAGGCGGACGAGGCGCUGCGGUGGAAGGAGGGACUGAGAAUGGAAUCGGGACGGGAUUCGGGCUGAACGGGACCAGCUACAGGGCAAUCUCCCGCGUCAACACAGUGGACAUGACAGAACUGGAGUGGCACAUCCGCUGCAACCAGCAGAUGGUGCCCAGCUACUCCGAGGCCCUCCUGAUGGACCUGGACUCCAGUGGAAGCACAAACCCCACAGCCUCCACGCCCAUCUCUGGACCCCCAGGGGUCACCCCCACCCAAGCCCCCCACCCACCACCUCUGACUCUGCCUGUGGUGUUCAACUCCGCCUACCUCCUGCAGAGCUGCCCCAGAUGCAGGAGAACCACAUCAAGUUCCAGUCUUCCCUCCAGGCUGAGAGCUCCGAUGGGGACCACAGCCCUCCUCAACGCCACCGUUGCCGGGAUCCGGGCGGCGGCGCCAGGCAGUGGAGGCAUAGGAGGAAGGCUGGUGCUCAGUCGCAGCGGGUUCUCUCUGGGGAGACUCGGAGGUGGGCGACAGAACAACUUGUUUCACUCAAGAAGCAUCGGAGGAGGACUGGGAGGCAGCAGGGAGGACGGAGGAGGGAGCGGAGGCGGAGGAAGCAGUGGUGGCGGAGGGAGCGGAGGAUUCUUAGGAAUAGGCUCCAGACAGAACAAUGAGGAGACCAGGGGGGUGCUGGAAGGAGAAGGCGAGGAGGAGGAGGAGGAAGAGGAACAGGUGAGGAGACGGGAAAACGGGGGAAGAGAGAGAGAUGAGGAGGCAGAGCAGGGAGGAGAAGGUGGAGGAGGAGGAGGAGGAGGAGGAGGAGGAGAAAGUAGGGAGGCUGAGAGGGACCGACCUCCCUCCUACCAGGAUGCCUUCUUCUUCCCUGUCCUCAUCAUACAUGGAGAGGAGAGCUGCCAUGCUGGCGAUGACAUGUGAGACAGAAAACGCAUCAAGAGCAGGUCGGUUUGAGCAGGAGCUCAAAGAAGACGCCGCGCACACAGGAAGGAGCAGGUUCAGUCAGAGCAAAGAGAGAAAGAUGCUGUGGUCUGCUGUAGGUAGAACCAGAGGCCCGGAAGAGGGAGGAUAAACAGACAAACAAACGGAGGGAGGGGGUGAGCUCACACAGUGCAUCCUGUCAACCAUCAGUAAACCCACAAGUUCAGGAGAUCAAAGUUGUUCCAGAGUGCAGGCACGAGAUAAGACCGAGAGCAAGUAAAUCCUUAAAAUUGCAUGCUUUACUGAAAGGAGGUGAGGAUGACGGAAGGCUUAAAAAUGUGUGUUUCCAGAUAUAUCUAUGCAGGAGCUGGAGUGGGGGGGCUAACAGUGCUAAAGAUAGCCACUGAACAAUAGAGAAAGUAUAUUCUUUUUACAAAAGAAACAGCGUUAGAGGAACUGGGAGUGGAUAUCUGAGAGGCCUGAAGCAUCGAUUAAACAAUGAUUGUGAUACAGCGAGAUGAGCUAACAAUAUUUAUUAUUUUAAACCACAAAAAGCCAAAGGAGGUAAGAGAAAAAAAAUCAGAGGAAGUAGAAAACACAAUGCAAGUUAUUAAACUACAGAUGAUUCUGAUUAUUUAGAGCUAAUAAACCAUAUUGUUCCAUUUCAAAUCAUGGAUAAAAUCAUUUUUAUGACUAUGAACAGCACCUGACCAGCUCCUCUUAUAGUGAUCUGUGCCAAUGAAAGACGAGUUACAUUGAUUUCCUCCUCGUCUCGUCAUGCUGUCUUACUUCACCAUUAGCUUCCCGACCACUUAAUCCAUUACUGCUUUGGAGGAGGAGAUUAAAGAGAACGCCAUAAAAAGUGGAGCAGUCGUUGCCUCUUCAACUCAGCCCCUCUUUGCUCUAGCCAUCUUCUGCCAUGUUAUCACCUUUUCUCAUUCACCCCUUUCCUCCUAGAACGUCAUUUUAGGAUGCCUCUAGUUUGGUUUAUUUGAAGAAUAUACAACUUCAGUUCAGGCUGGUAGCUCUCAGUAGUUAUUUUUAUUUCCUUAUCUUAAACACACAGCCGAGAACGCAGCUGAAAUUCCUCAAAGAUGUAAAAUGUUAUGCGUAACACAAUAAACACCCAAGACGAAAGUAGUGAUGGCACAGAUUUCCACUGGAGUGUGGCAUCAUGACAUCAAGAGUUAUGUUUUUUUCAAAUUGUCCUUGCUUUCACUGAACAAUGUACAUCGGAGACCUAGCAGACUGGCACUCUACGCAGACAUUGUGGUGAACUCCAAUUUUACUGUAAUUAGACUAUGAAAAAGUUUGAUUUUUUUUUGAUUACAAAAACUGUUAUUCAAGAGACUUUUAUUCUAACAGCAUUCAGGUAGACAUUAUAAUUUCUGCUCCAGUUCUGACCCACAUUGUUAGACAGAUGCACUCACAUUUUUCCCAAUAGCUGUGUCAGCAGAAUACUGCUGAAAUAUUAAACCUGAUAUUUCCCACUCGUAGAAAGGUUAUAGUGAGGCAGAACUAAAAACAGAAAGCCUUUUAUGGCUUAAACCUAAUUUAGGUAAAUUUCCAUUUUUUAUAUUAGUUCUGUUAUGAUCUGUAGUAUUUUUCCAAUGAUAAAUUUGUAUAAUGUGAACUGAAAACAUCCAGAGAAGCGUCUCUCUUGUUAGCAUAUAUAUCUAAAUACGUUUAGGCAUGAAAUAUCCCUCCCUUUUCUAAGGCCGAGAUGUUAGACUGCAUUGGAAGCUGUCAAGUUAUGCUGGCGUUGUUGAUUUUUAAAAAGAAGAAGAAAUCGCUGAGAAUAAUAAAAUAACUCCCCGGUUUUAUACUGUGUAUCAUUUUCAGCCAUGUAGAAACAUGCUUUGGGUAAGUUUAGGUCGAGCUGCUACCUCCUCCUGCUUAUGGAGAAACAAAUCCUUAAUAUUUCCUUAAUGUGAACUGUGUCAAGACUUUUGCAGGCAUAGAAAUGCAUGGAAACACACGCUUACUAGCAAGGUAGCAUAUUAUAGCUACAAUCAGCAAAAAUAUCAAACAGUAGUGAUCAAUUGGGAUUCAGCGCCAACACAGGGACACAGACAGGAAUCCUGGGGGAUUCAGAGUUUUGUCCUACUUUCUGAGUUUGUUUUCUUGGAAAAUGAACCCAGGAAAGGCCGUCUGCACAGACCGCCAUCUGUGCUUUCUUUGUAUUUACUCUACAAAGCACACUAAACCUGCUAACGUAGCAACAAGAAUUAGUUAGGUAAGCUUAUCCUGACCGUUCCUGCUGCCUCUGCUUACUUUUUACACAUUCAUGAAAAAGCACAUAAAAAAAACAAAGCUGUGUGAAGAGGACAAAUAAAUAAGGGUACUGACUGUUCUCUCAGUGCAACUUUCUGGGAAAGUGGAGCGGAGACCGCUGGCCUGGUUAGAUGUAGGGGACACAUCCUGACACACUUUCCCAUCCGCUGAAUCUGGUUCAUGGUUCUAGCCAUAUUGGAAAAAAAGACAUAAAAAAACAAGCUGAAGUGGGGACAAGGAAGGAAGCUGAACUCAAGGAGACCGACGGAAAGUUGACAGUAACCAGGACAAGACUUUCUGAGCAACUAAAGAGCUGGACAAAACUGAAAAUGUGACGACAUUAAAGGCAGUUAUUUUUACAACAUUAAUCACUACUUCAGUCUCUGGACUUCUGUGUCUAUCAUAACCAGAAAGAAGCACUAUAAAAAGCACUCAGCGCCCUGCUGCGUUCAUUUGUUUAGGACAACGUGUUGCUUUCACUGCUCUGUUCAUCACACGCAGCUGAAACCUGUAAAUGUAAUGUACUCUCAACGCAGGAAAACUCACUUCCUUCUGCAAAUUGCUGCUCACACAUCAUCGUCAUAUUUGAGGUUGUUUAAGUAAAACACAAAUGCCUUUGUAAAGUUUAUUUCUUUUUGUAAAAAUUACUGUUUCGGUCCACUGCUUAUUUGUUCAUUUCUGUGUGUUGAAACGUGUUUAGCACUUCUUGCUGAAUAUUUAUACGCAGUUUUAUUAUCUUACGUGUCGCUCCAGAUGUGCCAAGAGGAUUCUUUGCCCAUGAUGUCUUACACAAACAUAUGCACCAUCAUGCCUGUUUGCAUGCUUAAUCACUGCAGUAAAAUAGCAAAUAUAUCAGCCUUUUUUCUUACCUGAAUGGAAAUACGGCAACCCUAGACAUGUAAUCAUCUCCCUCCCCACACACACACGCUCCUCAAGCAUGGCGUUGUGCAGAUGAGGUUGCCUUUAGGUUGCCAACAUCUUUUGCUCAGGUUCUUCAGUUAAUGUAUCCUCUUCUGCAAAUUCAUCAACACGCCAAAGCAAAAAAAGCAACAACAAAAAAACAAAGUGUGAGUGCAUACAGAUGUAAACAGGUUGUUUUCAAUAGUCUGGCCUAAGCAGUAGAGUCAAACAUUUAUAAUACAGAAAGAAAACACAUAAAUAGUUAAAUCAUAUAUGUACAGAGAGCACUUAUCAGAUGGCUGUGUUUCUAACAUGCAUCGUUUUGUUGUCUUUGUUUAUGUUAUGUAUUUGGCCACAGUUUGUGUGUAAAUCCAACCAGAAUGUUUUUAACAUGUUCUAAUGUCUUUGGCUUAAUUUGAAAGCUGACGUUUUUGUCCACUAGAGGGCACCAAACCUUAAUGAUUGUGACGACACUGACAUUAUAAUGUAUUUAGAGAGCAAAGUGAGGGUGAAAUAGACCAGGAAGGAAACAGCAUAGAGACUGAAGUAUGUUUAACAUCUGCACUUGUACCUGUCAGUGAUGUCACACCAGGUGUGUUCAGUGGCUGGAAAACCACUGGUCGACUGGGUUGUUAGUGAAGUUUUUGUCCUCUUUACUGGUCUUACUUUUUUUAACAUAAAAUUGCUAAAACAAAAUUUCUGAUUUAGAGAUUUUCAUUGAACUUUUUACCAGAAAUUAAUGGAUACUUUCUUGGUACCUACCAGGAUUUACUUUUCUUUUUUUAAACUUUCUUGACUUUAAGUGGUACUUUGAAGAGAUUACUUGGUACUUUCCAAAACUUCCUUGGACUUUACCUGUUAUUUUUCAGCUAAAGUAUCACCAGGUAUAUUCAGAAAACAACAGGUAAUUUUCUUUAACUUGUUUAUGAGGUAUUUUGUGGAACUUGCCAAAGACUUUCCUUUAACUUUCCAGAAAGAGAUUGCUGCGGUCCUUACCAGGAGGUUUGUGGGCCUCAAUAAAUACUCUUUGGACUUACCAGAAACGUAUCUGGUAAGAUCUAGAAAGUAUCUUCUGAGUCAUUAAAGUUAUAGCAGAGUCUUGUCCCAGAUGCAUUCCAGAAGUUGCCUGCAAAGUUCUGGAAAGUAACAUGUAACUUUUAGAAAGUGACCUGAGUUAAGAACCAAAGCUUAUUUUCCAGAACUUACUCAAUACUUUCCUUCAAUGUAUAUGAAAUGUAGUAGGUAUUGUAAAGAAACAUAAAAAUUACUUUCAGGAACUAACUCUGUACUUUUCUUAACCCUUUCAGGUACUUACCCAAAACCUAGAGGUUACUGUAAAUAACUUGGAUGGUAUUUUCCAUAACUUCAGUCAAGUUUAUUUGUAUAACAAUAUUUGCGUGGAAAGUUCUGGAAAGUAACACAUGUGAGUAAAGGGAAUAUACGUACUCUAUGUGAUGCUAUCUUGUUUUCUUUUGAGUUGUGACUGAUUGUUUUGCAAAGCAAUGUAGUUCAUAUUCCUGCUUCUGGCUGGACUUGUAUAUGUUGCUGAACUUAUAAUCACAAGCAAUGGGAGCUUCAAUCACUGAGCUGACAGCACCGUUGGAGGAAGACCGUUUACAGUUUGUGACUGAGCCUCCAUGUUCCACAGCGUAACACACUCAUUGUCUGGCUGUGUUGAUCUAUAUGACACAAAUAAAGUGAUAGAGUGGAAGACA